GUCAGUCUACACUCAGUCCUCGGCCUAUUAAAACUGUUUUCGAUUCAUUUCGGCAUAAAAAAACAAAAUUUGGUGAAAAAGUUCAAGAUGUUGCGAAUGCUGCGUCAGAAGUGUCGUUCGCUCAUAGACAGAGGCUUGCCGUGCCUGGAGUCGAUAAUGAAUGCCUGCACCCAGCUGAAGGGCAACUGGGCCAGGGAGCUGAGGCCCCAAAUGACGAAUCCUGGCGGUUCCAGUGUUCUCCGCCAGCACCUGGUGCGCCGCAACUACAGCAGCAAGUCCGACGACAACUGCGGGGCUCCGAAGGAGUGCGAGACAGAGGCGACGUCUGCUUCCAAGAGCUGUGGUCCCGCCCGCUUCAAGGGCACCAUCUGCGAUGCGGGCAAGGCCAAGAAGAAGGCUGCUCCCGCAAAGGAGAAGCCCAAGGCGAAGAAGGCCAAGAAGUUCAAGUCGAUGUGGGACAUCCCCGGCUGCGAGUACGAGCCCAAGUGCGAUGUGAACGUGCGCCUGGACAUCAAGCACUACCGCAUCUCGAACAAGGAGGCCCGCGAGUACCAGGUGACCUGGAACGAGUGCCCCCGGCUGGUGAUCAAGCCCAAGAAGGUGUGCAUCCACCACAAGCACCCGCGCCCCAAGCCCUGCCGUCGCCAGCGAAAGGAAGCCUCGGCCACCGCCCGGCCCUCGAUGCCCAUGCUCAAUCCCAUGGAGUGCAAGUCCCCGGAGGAUGGCAGUCCGUGUCCCCGCUGGACGCUCCCCUGCUGCAAGCCCAGCCGCGUACCGCCCAGCUGCCACAGAGUGCGUCGCCUGACCGACUGCAAGAAGAAGCCGGCUCCCUACCCCAGUUUCUCCGAGUGCCAGAGGGACGAGCUCACCAAGGCCCCUCCCAUUGAGUGCCUGUGCCUCCAAACUCCCAUGGCCUGCGAGAUGUGGGCGGAGCUCAGAAGGAGGAUCGCCAGAGGCAAGGGAGCUGUGCUCAAGUGCGGUGAAAUGUAGGCGGCCGGGAGCGGUAGCUCCUCCGAUGAGUUGAACUCAACAACUGGGCACAUUCCUGCCCGUACUUCACCCCAGUCUACACUUCAAAAUUCCAAUUUUCAAAUACUUCCCAAGCCAUAAACUCCAUUCGCCUUUUUCGAUCCCAAACUCCGAAAUUCAAAAUGCUGCCGGAACAAUGCGGGAAGAUCCUCCACAGAAGCCUCGUGCCCUUGGCCAUCCGGUUGUCCAGCUGCGCGGGUUCCAAGGGCGGCAAGUCGGACUCCAAGUGCAGCACCAAGUCGAACAGCAAGCCGGAACCCAGUUGCAAGCGCUCCGCGAAGAAGAAGAGCUGCUCGAAGGUGCCAACUCCCUUUCCCAGUUACUCGGAAUGCAAGAGAAAGCCCACCGAUCCAAAGCCUUCCAAGGAGUGCGAUUGCUGGGACUUCGACAAGUGCUGACUUUGGGGAUUGGAGGACAACCUGGAACUACGCUUCAUCCACAGUGUCACAAAAUUCAGACUGAAGACUCAAUAAUUAUAAUUCGAUUCAUGUAUACCGUUGGUGGCGUUGGAAGGCCAGGUGUCUGUCCAUGUCGAACUAUUCGCGUUUAUCUGGGCACCGAUUUUGAAGCUUUAUCUAAGACCGACUUCUUACCGACGUUAGAAAAUAUAACAUUGCAAUAAGUUUCAA